UUUGGAGAAUCUCUACAGGUUCAACGUCGGCGGCAACUAUGUCGACAUCAAAGACGACAGUGGGCCCGCACGCGGCAUGUUUCGGGCCUGGGACAAAGACGAUGACUACAUCUUCGGCGGCGAUUUCGGUUACACCCCUCACGUUGAACGUGUGCCGAUCAAUUACACCGCCGAAACGCCGCCGUACAGUGCCCCGGAGAUAGUGUACCAGACUUCCAGAGUGAUGGCGAAUACCAGCAUAAGCCUGGAGUGGGCGUUCCCCGUCGAUUCCGGGUUUUACUAUCUGCUCAGAUUCCAUUUCUGCGAGAUCCAGCUGGAAGUGACAGGGCAGAAUCAAAGGCCUUUCACAAUCUCCAUCAACAAUCAGACGGCGGAGAUUGAGGUCGACGUCAUUCAAUUGACCGGCGGCACUCAUAUUCCCGUCUACAGAGACCUCAUAACCUUUGUCCCCGACGACGGCCGACGUGGCAGGAAAGACCUCCGCCUGUCCUUGUUCCCCUUCACAGAAGGGAACCCCAAAUACGCGAACGCUCUCCUAAACGGAUUGGAAAUUUACAAACUCAACGACUCUACCCGGAGUCUCGCGGCCGCAAACCCCCCACCGGCCGCCGCCUCUCUGCCGCCGCCGCCGCCAAACCCAACUCCGAAGAAUAAAAGUGGAGGUUCUUCUGUAAUAUUACCCGUCGUGUGUAGCGUAAUCGGCGCUCUCGCGGUGGCCGCCGCCGUCGGUUUCUUGAUUUUCCGGCGGAGCCGGAAAAUCAAGGACUCGGCUUAUUCCAAGAGCGGCCCCACGAAGUCGUCGUGGGUGCCGCUCUCCACCGCGUCUGGUUCAACCACCGGGACCGGUGGGUCCGGCAUAUCUCUACCGUCGGAUCUAUGCCGUCACUUCUCGUUGGAGGAGAUCAAAGCCGCCACGGGAAACUUCGACGAAAAUUUCGUCAUAGGCAAAGGAGGGUUCGGCAACGUGUACAAAGGGUUCAUAGACAACGCUGCCACCACCGUGGCCAUCAAGAGGCUGAACGCGUCGUCGAACCAAGGUGUCCACGAGUUCCUAACCGAAAUCGAGAUGCUUUCGAAGCUACGGCACGUCCACUUGGUCUCGUUGAUCGGCUACUGCGACGAAAGAGGUGAGAUGGUAUUGGUGUACGAUUACAUGGCGCGUGGUACCCUACGCGACCAUCUAUACAACUCCGAGAACUCACCGUUGAAGUGGAAGCAGCGCCUCCAGAUCUGCAUAGGCGCUGCCAGAGGGUUGAACUACCUCCACACCGGAGUUAAAAACUCGAUCAUCCACCGCGACGUGAAGUCCACGAACAUCCUGGUGGACGAGAAGUGGGUGGCGAAGGUGUCCGAUUUCGGGCUGUCGAAGGUGGGGCCCGCGGCGGGCGGGGCCCACACCCACGUCAGCACCGUUGUGAAGGGGAGCUUUGGGUAUGUUGACCCGGAGUACUACCGGCGGCAGCAGUUGACCGACAAGUCCGACGUGUACUCGUUCGGGGUGGUGCUUUUCGAGGUUCUCUGCGCCCGGCCGGCGAUAAUUCCGAGCUUGCCGAGGGAGCAGGUGAAUUUGGGCGAGUGGGCGAAGUUCUGUUACAAGAAGGGGACGCUCGAGCAAAUCGUUGAUUCCAAUCUUGACGGCCAGAUUGCGCCGGAGUGUUUGGGUAAAUUUGUAGAGACGGCGAUCACUUGCUUGAAGGAGAAGGGGAUCGACCGUCCGGCCAUGGGCGACGUCGUUUGGAGCCUCGAGUUCGCCAUGCAGCUGCAAGAAGCGGCGGAGCGUAGAGGCGGCGAUGGGCCGGCGGCGGAUGGCGGCGACGGCGACAUCUUCUCGAUAAACCCAUCUUUCCCGCUGCUCGUCGGCGCCGGUCAAAACACGACGGAGGAGGAAAUGUUUUCUGGGUCCAGUGAGGGUUUGUCGGCGUCGAAGAGCAGCGGCUUGUCCACUGACAGCAGCGGCAAAUUCAAGCCGGAUGAUGUUUUUUCUGAAAUCAAGAAUCCGAUUCCGCGUUAAUUAAUUAAUUAAUUAAUUAAUUUCCCACUUUUACUAUAAAUAUUAUUUUGAGAUAUAUACAUAUAUAUUAUUUUCCUCUUAUUGGCUAAUUAAUUGGUCAUCUGGCUUUGGUGGAACUAUAGUUAAUGGAACGACAGCGUUUUGUCACUUCAAGGAAAGAGAUGAGCUGGUAUUUAAUAUAAAUGAAGGAGAUGUUAUAGCCUGGGGGAGGAAAGAAACAAAGGGGAUCGAGAAUUGGAAUGAAUGAGAAGAAGAAGGAUGAGAUUGAGAUAAAUUGGGGGCUGAAGAAGAAGAGAAACCCUAGAAUUGUUAAAGGAGGAGUCUUGGCACAAUCGGGAAUUGAGGAAGAGAUUGAAGGACAAAACGAUGCCGUUUUGGUUGGACCGGAUUUCGGGGCUAAGGGCCGAGUUUAGCAGUCCACUUAUGUUAUUUGUUUUAAUUUUGGUUGGGCCAUUUGUUGUUUUAAGCCCAGUAGUUAUUUUGUCUAUUUUGUUUUAAGCUUUGCUGAUGUUAUUGUUAGUGGGCUAGGGUAGAAAAUAUUCCCUACGUUGGAAGGGGUAUUUAUACCACAUUGGGUGUGAGGAAUGUUCUUAUGAAAAGUUUCACUAAUCCUUUCCUUUCUUAC